GACAAGCUAAGUGCUGCACUGAUGUCUUUCAGAGACAAGAUUCUAUAUCUGGAAAAACAACGCGAGGUCCUGGAAGACCGCUGGUCUAUGCUGCAAGUAGAAGAUGCUCCCGAAUCAGACCUGGAGCCUAUUUAUCUGUCCUACAUCAGCAAACUCCUCGCCCAAGUCAACAAUGUGACCAAGAAAAACAACCAGACCCAGAGGAGCCUACUGGACAUGAUGGAUUCAAUCAAUGAUGUCAAAGACAAGUAUGAAGAUGAGUUUAAUCUACGCACAGACAUGGAGUAUGCAUUUGUAGAACUGAAGAAGGAUGUAGAUACUUGUAGUUUGGAUAAGACUGAACUCGAAGUAAAACAAGGCCAGCUGAAGGGAAUUAUCGAGCUGCUGACCACUGUCUAUGAGCAUGAGCUGAAAGGAGUGAUGGAGGAGUCUGGAGAUAUAUCAGUUCUGUUGAACAUGGACAGCAGAUGUCCUUUGAAAUUUGAAAAUUUAGUACAAGAGAUAAAGGAACGAUAUGAAAGCAUUGCA